GCUAGUACUCUCUAGCUAGUGGCACACACCACUACCGUCCACACUGCACCUUCUAUAUCUUCGCAGUCAAAGAGGCAGCUCAUGGGGACGGCUUCGACGAGCCCAGACGCCAUGGAGGCAACAAGCAGGCCCCCCGGCCUCUCCAUCACCGUGGAGAAGAACCCGCCGGAGGCGCGCUUGCUUCAACUCGGCGUCAAGUCCUGGCCCAAAUGGGGCUGCCCGCCGGGGAGGUUCCCGCUCAAGUUCGACGCGGCGCUGACGUGCUACCUCGUGAAGGGCAGGGUGAGGGCCGCCGUGAAGGGCUCCCGCGAGCGCGUCGAGUUCGGCGCCGGCGACCUCGUCGUCUUCCCCAAGGGUCUCAGCUGCACCUGGGACGUCGUCGUCGGCGUCGACAAGCACUACAACUUCGACCCCUCCUGAAUUAUCAGCACCACACGUCCAGCCGACCAUUAUUUGUCUCCUUUUUUCUGACGUGCCUGAAACUCCUCCUGACGUGAGAUACAGUUUGUAAAACCUCUGGAACGAUGACUACCAUGAUUUAGCUAGCAAGGAUUUGUGAGUCAACAGAAACUGCUGGCUUGGUCCACAUCAGUUUAGCUAGCAAUAUACUGAAAUGUAGUGUGUGUGUGUGUGUGUUUUGCCGGUUAAACUAUGAGCAACGGCAGGUCCAAAGGCAGCCCUGUCUUUAGUGUUGUGACACCUGUGCGGUGUCCCAGCGUCACCAGAUGGCGCCUCUGCUUUGAGCUUAAUGAUGGUCACUCGCCGGUUGCUUUUGGUAUUGCGCUUC